UAAUAAUAAUAAACAUCUGAUCAUCGUCGACGGUUGGUGGCGCUCUCAGAUCCACUUCCACAAUGAUUGCCGCCGCGGCCGCCGCCUACUUCCUCCUCCUUUUCCCGGCCGUUCUCGCAGCCGGCUGCUACUCCUCCAUUUUUAGCUUCGGCGACUCCCUCGCCGACACUGGAAACAUCCUCCACAUCGUCGGCAACCGCAGCGCCGGUUUCGCCCGCCUUCCAUACGGCAUGACCUACUUUGGCCGCCCCACCGGUCGCUUCUCCGACGGCCGCCUCAUCCUCGAUUUUAUCGCGGAGGCGCUCGGAUUGCCCCUUUUGCCGGCUUACUUGGAUCGGCGGCGUGUCGGCGGAGAUUUCGAGCAAGGCGCCAACUUUGCGGUGGCAGGCGCGACGGCCCUCGACAAUAGCUUCUUUAAGGAACGAGGCAUUCGCAUCUCCUUAACCAAUGUCUCUUUAGGCGUCGAGAUCCGGUGGUUCCGCCAAUUGCUCCCCUCACUAUGCUCUUCCCCUUCAGAUUGCGCAGACACGCUGCAAGAUUCUCUCAUCAUGAUGGGCGAGAUCGGAGGCAACGAUUACAUAAAUCCGAUUUUUCAAAGAAGAAGCUUGGAGGAGGUCAAAUCCUUCGUUCCUUUCGUCGUCGCCACCAUCAGCUCCGCCAUCACUGAACUGAUCGAGUUGGGCGCCCGAACGCUGGUGGUUCCAGGAAUCACUCCUCUGGGAUGCAACUCCGCCUUCCUCACCGAGUUCCAGACUCAAAACGUCGACGAUUACGACGCCAGCACCGGUUGCCUGAACUGGUUGAACGAAUUCUCCACCUACCACAACAGCCUCCUGGAAGCGGAGCUCCAAACGCUGCGGGGAUUACAUCCUCACGCUACUAUCGUCUACGCCGACUACUUCGCCGCCAUAAUCAGCAUCCUGAACAAUCCAAACCAGUUCGGAUUCGGGAACGACACGCUCGUGAGCUGCUGCGGCGGCGGCGGCCCUUACAACUACAACCGCCGGCUCCAAUGCGGCUCCGACGGGUACUCGCUCUGCGACGAGCCAUCCCGCUGCGUUAUAUGGGAUGGAGUCCAUAUGACAGAGGCGAUGCAUCGGAUCAUCGCCGGCGGCUUGUUGCAGGGUCCUUUCGCCUCCCCUGCAAUCGCCGACGCUUGCGGAUUACAGAGCGUCAUCCAUUCGUCAACCAGUAGAAUGGCCUCUUAAUAUUGCAAUUAAUAGAUGGUUUAUCUUUUAACAGCUAUUUCAUCUCCAUUAAUCCGAUCUGUAUUUUCUUGUUAGAACUUACCUAUCCGUAUUUCGACCUCUAUCAUUACAAUCAUUAUCCAUGAGGGGCCAUAAAUUAAUCUGUUUUUUUUCU